UAGUUAAUAUUUAUUAACAUUAUGGAUAUUUACUUAUUUUAAUUCAUCACAUCUCAUUUGUUCUAUGCAAUCAGGUUAAAAAUGAGCAUCACUGAUGUUCUUAGUGCUGCUGAUAUAGCUGCUGCCCUGGAGGAGUGCCAAGACCCAGAUUCUUUCAACCAUAAAAAAUUCUUUGAGACUUCUGGCCUGUCGAAGAUGUCUGCUAGUCAAGUCAAGGACAUUUUUCGCUUCAUAGACAAUGAUCAGAGUGGAUAUCUGGAUGAAGAAGAGCUCAAGUUUUUCCUCCAGAAAUUUGAAAGUGGAGCUAGAGUCCUGACCAGUUCAGAAACCAAGUCCCUCUUGGAGGCAGCUGAUAAUGAUGGAGACGGCAAAAUUGGGGCUGAUGAAUUCCAGGAAAUGGUGCAUUCUUAAAGCCCCAAAGUCUAUGGAGACAGAAAAAAAAGGAAAGGGACCAAACAGCAGGAAAGCUUCCAUAACCUUAUGAAUGGGAAAUUCCACAUUCUACCCCUUAUUUUUUUUUCCUGGCAAGCAUCUGUA